UCUGGCUUCAAAACCUCUCUCUCUCUCUGAGCCGUCUCUGUCUCCACCUCUUCUCCACCGGUCCCGGGAUACAAGAAGACAACCGCACUGGAAAAUAUGCUGUUCUGCCAUUCCCAGCCUGAGUCCUACCACCAGCACUCUGCUAGUUACAUUAGCCCCUCUUCUUCCCCUCUGGUCUCUUUCAGAGAGGCCUUGGCGCCUUUCUUGAAAAACGAAGAAGCAAGGCUUAUGGCUGAAAAUGGCGCCCGGAGGACCCCAUUCCAGUAUAUUCUGAGUGCACCCACCUCGCCGGCUGUGAAACAGCAGGAGGAGAGUCUCACUUAUCUCAACCAAGGUCAGUCCUACGAAAUCCGUAUGCUUAACAGAAAACUAGUGGAGUAUACAGAUAUAAGCAGCAAAUGUGUAAAGAGCAUUGUGCGCGUGGUGUUUCACGACCGUCGGCUGCAGUAUAUGGAGCACCAGCAGCUGGAGGGAUGGAGGUGGAACAGACCUGGAGACCGAAUCCUGGAUAUAGAUAUCCCGUUGUCAGUGGGGUUACUGGAGCCCCGUUCGCAUCCCCUGCACCUCAACACUAUUGAGUUCCUCUGGGAUCCUGUCAAGAGCGCUUCUGUUUUCAUCCAGGUCAACUGCAUCAGCACCGAGUUCACCCCGAGGAAGCACGGCGGGGAGAAAGGCGUGCCCUUUCGUAUCCAGGUGGACACUUUCACCGCCAAUGAGCACGGGGAAUACAUGGAGCAUGUCCAUUCGUCCAGCUGCCAGGUCAAAGUCUUCAAGCCUAAAGGAGCCGAUCGUAAACUGAAGACAGACAGAGAAAAGAUUGAUAAGAAGACCCUCCAAGACAGAGAGAAGUAUCAGGCGUCCCAUGAGACCACCCUGCUGAAAGAGUGUUCCCCUUGGCCUGAUGCCCUGAAUCUCACCAUCCACAGCAGCAGCAGCACUCCGUCACCCGUUUACCACAGCUCGCCAACCUCCUGUGGGUUCACAGAGGGCAACUGUUCUCCAAACCAGCAGGAGGAUCUGCUCAUGCCCGGCUGCUCUGAUCACCUUCUGCCAUCGUCCUCGCCGCAGGACACUCAGCAGUGGCUGCAGCGUCACAGGUUCUCACCUUUCUCAAGGCUCUUCUCCAGCUUCUCAGGUGGUGAUCUGUUGAGGAUGAGCAGGGAGGAUCUGAUCCAGAUCUGUGGACCAGCAGACGGUAUUCGCCUCUUUAACACCAUGAAAGGAAGGUCUAUUCAGCCCCGUCUUACCAUCUAUGUGUGUCAGCAGCAGGCCAGACAUCAACCUCCCAUCAAGCCAGGGGGUGGAGAGAUCUACCAUGCUCUGUACCUGGAGGAGCUGACGCUGUUGGACCUGUCUGAGAAGAUCGCUCUGCUGUAUAACAUCAGUCCACAGCAAAUCACACACAUCUACAGACAGAAACCCAACGGGAUCCACGUCAUAGUCUCCGAUGAGAUGGUGCAGAACUUCAGGGAGGAAACGAGCUUCAUCCUCAGCACUACGAGGGAUGAAAACACAGACGGCUACCACGUUGUGUUGAAAUGAGCAGCAGGUGCUCAGGAGGUUGUACAGACUGUAUAUAAGAAUCCUUCUAUACUACAAUAUGUGACAUUUGCUGAGAUAUACAGUAGAAUAAAAUACUGUUAAGCUUUCAGUUUACUGCUGAUUCCGUUUAGUUUUAUUCGUAUUUGUGUUCAGUUACUGAUUGAUUGUAAUUGGUGGUCAACUGUUGUGUAUUACUCCUUCAUGUGUGAGUAUAUUUUUGGCUUUAAAUGCAAGUUAAUGACUUUCAUGAUAAAAAGUAAAUUUCAAACAUCAUCAUGUAGAAAAACAGAAAAUACAAAUGAACAAAACUGUGUUAUGUUGUUUUAAUGCUCUCACAUAUGAAAUGCUGUGCUGUAGUCUACUGACUGUUUCUGGCUGGUUUUCUUGAUGAACUGUAACGUUAGAUUUGGUAAAAGUGAUGUAUUGAUGUCCAUAGGCCUGCUGUGUGUUUAAACAGAGACACAGUGUUGUAGUUUGGAGGAGGAUUUUGGUCGUUGUGGCUCUAUGAUGAGUGUGUUUCACUCAAAAUAAAGUAUUUUGCACUGUU